CGGCGACUGCCUCGCGGCCCGCGGCGCGCGGCGACAUGGCAGGCGACCACCGCCUCCUGCUGGAGAACGCGCGGCAAGUGGUGCUGGUGUGCGCCCGCGGGGAGCGCUUCCUGGUGCGCGACGCGCUGCGCAGCCUGGCGGUGCUGGAGGACGCCAGCCUAGUGGUGGGCACGGAUGGGUUUAUAAAAGCCAUUGGUCCUGCUGAUGUUAUCCAAAAACAGUUUUCUGAAGAAACGUUUGAAGAAAGAAUUGACUGCUCUGGGAAAUGCAUCUUGCCGGGUUUGGUGGAUGCACACACACAUCCAGUAUGGGCUGGUGAAAGAGUUCACGAAUUCGCAAUGAAGUUGGCAGGAGCCACAUACAUGGAUAUCCACCAGGCUGGAGGAGGGAUCAACUUCACGGUGGAGCGCACACGCCAAGCCUCGGAGGAGGAGCUGUUCAGCUCCUUCCAGCAGCGGCUGCAGUGCAUGAUGCGGGCGGGGACCACGCUGGUGGAGUGCAAGAGCGGAUACGGCCUCAACCUGGAGACGGAGCUCAAGAUGCUCCGCGUGAUUGAGCGCGCCCGGCGGCAGAUGGACCUCGGCAUCUCGGCCACUUACUGCGGGGCUCACUCAGUGCCGAAAGGAAAAACUGCUACUGAAGCUGCUGAUGACAUCAUCAAUAACCACCUCCCAAAGCUGAAGGAACUUAGCAGAAAUGGGCAAAUUCACGUCGACAAUAUAGAUGUGUUCUGUGAGAAGGGUGUCUUUGACCUUGAUUCUACCAGAAGGAUUCUUCAAGGUGGAAAAGAUAUAGGGUUACAGAUUAACUUCCAUGGGGAUGAACUCCACCCGAUGAAGGCUGCAGAGCUUGGGGCUGAACUGGGAGCUCGGGCAAUCAGUCACCUGGAAGAAGUGAGUGAUGAAGGCAUUGCUGCCAUGGCAACGGCCGGGUGCUCCGCUGUCCUGCUGCCCACCACGGCCUACAUGCUGAGACUGAAGCAACCUCGCGCUAGGAAGAUGCUAGAGGAAGGAGUAAUAGUUGCUUUGGGCAGUGACUUCAACCCUAAUGCCUAUUGCUUCUCAAUGCCAAUGGUCAUGCACCUGGCCUGUGUAAACAUGCGGAUGUCCAUGCCGGAGGCCUUGGCCGCCGCCACCAUCAAUGCAGCGUAUGCGCUGGGAAAAUCUCACACCCAUGGAUCUUUGGAAGUUGGCAAACAGGGAGAUCUCAUUAUCAUCAAUUCAUCCAGAUGGGAGCAUUUGAUUUACCAGUUUGGAGGCCAUAACGAAUUAAUUGAAUAUGUUAUAGCUAAAGGAAAAGUCAUCUAUAAAAAAUGACAGAUCUUAAAGGAAAGAGAAGACUCUUCAAUUGCAUAAAAUACAUCAAUACAGUUAUAUAAAAAUAUAAAAUACCUUAGUAGUUUACCAAAAUGAUGUCACUUAAAUGUAAAUGUAUUUCAGUGUUUUGUUAAUCCACUCAUAAAACCCAAAGGAUUCAUUUAUUUCCAUUUAAUGUGCAUGGGGACAUAGACACAGGUAAACCAACUGUGAUGAUCCUCUCAAAACAUUAAACUAUCUCACAAAGAUUUGUCAUAAAUAUUCUGAGGGUUAAUAUGAUGAAUUAGUAAAAGAACAUGUUUGUGGGGAAAAAGCAGAUUGGCAGGUAGAUGUGGCUUGAAAUUCCCAUUUUGUUUCUGCUUUUCAAAUUUCAGUUCAGCACUCUCCAGUGAAGAUUGGGGGAUGCAGGGAAAUCCAAGGGCUAUGUUCCAGGUUAAGCUAAGACGCAGGCUUUCUGAAACAAGCGAAUAGCUUUUCCUGUCCCCACCCAGUCUGUCUUUCUAGAUGCUUUUUGAAUACAUCAGGGUCCUUCCAUUUCGAAUUUCUUUUCAACUUUAGCUCGAAGCAGACUUCACAGCACAGCUCAGGACUUCCUGUGAUGAAUGCAUGUUGACCAAAUCCAAUCAUGUAACUUUUAAAAUUGUUUUUCAGUUUUUGAUUCUUCACAUUACCAAUGUUUAGAAAACAUGUUAUAACUCUUAAUAAGAAUGUGCUGUCACUACUAUUGUGGUUGUUUCCUUACGGCGCUGGAGGUAGAGCAGUGGCCUUGCCUAUUAGAGCUUUUUAGGAAAUAAACAAAUCAUGGAAUUACUUGUACAGAGUGGAUGAU